GUUUGGCGUUUGCUCUAAGACUUUACCUGUUUACCACAAAUCAAACUUUAAUUGUUCCAAAUCUCAUCAAAUUCACUUUAACCCUAUUCUUCGAUCCUUCACCUCGUUCUUCGAUCGCUUUUCGUGCAAGCUACCUUCGACCUUCAUUUGCAGAUAAUUUCAACUUCCAUAAUUGAAUUCAAAGAUCGUUUUGUUGCUGCACAACCUCUUUUGUAUGUAAUUCCUCACAAUUGAAAGAAAAAUUCGACAUUCUGUUCAAUUACAUCAUUUACCUCGAAAUCAGAGCUUCUAAUUUUGCAACAUUGAUUGAGACAGAUUACAAACACGAUGAAUUGUGGCAGCGAAGAUGAUGAAGCUGAAGUAGAGGAGUUAGAGCGUUUUGAUGAUUUCACGCUUGCCUCUUCUUGGGAAAGGUUUAUAUCAGAAAUUGAAGCAGUGUGUCGCCGUUGGAUGGCUGAUGGCCCCAAGAACUUGUUGGAGAAGGGUGCAGUGCUAGUUGGAACUUCAAAAGACCUGUACAAGGCCAAUUAUGAGCUGAAAUAUGAUAAAAAAAGCUAUUAUAUGGAGUUUUACUUUAAAGAGAAGUAUAAAGUUGGCAAAGUCACAAACUGGGACUCUAAUCAGCACAAUUUGCAGCUGGCAUUUGGAGUAACUGAGUUUUUGAUAAUUGCUCCCCAAAGUGCAAGUGGUGUAGUAUUGGACUCUCCAGAGGCCAGCAAGCUUCUCAGUGCAGUUGCAAUUGCUUUAUCUAACUGUUGCAGUCUGUGGCCAGCCUUUGUCCCUGUUCAUGACCCUUCUCGUAAAGCACAUAUUGGUAUCCAAAAUAUGGGAACUGUGUUCACAAGAAGAUUCGAAUCAGACUGCAUCAGGAGUCAGGUUCCCGUGAAGCUUAUGCAUUUGGAAGGGUUGUAUGAGCUUUUUGUGUCUAAAUUUGCCUUCUCUACGUUGGACUUUUCAAUGCAUCUGUACAGAGUUCAAUAUACCAUGAAGCUCACUUACAGAUCCCUUCCGUAUGAUGAUGAAGAUGAUUAUAUGCAAGAAGCUGAAGCUGAGAAUGUGGAAUCUAGUGCAGGUGGUAAGGGUGAACUGCAUCAAAGAUCACAAUGGGAUGAUGACUGCCCUUGGAGUGAAUGGUAUUCAGCUGAAGAUCCAGUGAAAGGAUUUGAGUUGGUUGCAAUAUGGUCGGAUAGAAAUAUUGAAAGCUCCCUUGAGAUGGCUGAAACCGAAAAUUCUUCACCUCAUGAAGCUGAAACGUGGCUUCUAUUUCCUACUCUCUCAGAAAUUCUAGAUGAGCGUAAGAAAGGGAAGGCAGUUGGAUUUGCUUCCCAACUCUCUCUCUUGGUUGUUGCCUUAGAGAUGUCAUUUGAAGCUCAAUUUUUGGAAGAUUUUGUGUCAGAAUCAAGUGCAGAAAAACGGAGGUCCUCAGCAGCGAUUCCUCCCCCAACUGUUGUUGAUCGUGUACUCAAAGAGCUUUUUCAUGAUGGAGUUGAGGCAUUAAAUUUUUACGAAGGUGAGAACAAAAGUUCUAGAGCUAUUAAAGGCGCACCGUCGGAUUCUUUAUUUGCACAAUUUUGCUUACAGUCUCUGUGGCUCGGUAACUGCAAUAUACGUGCUAUUGCCAUGCUCUGGAUUGAGUUUGUUAGAGAAGUUCGUUGGUGUUGGGAGGAGUCGCAACCAUUGCCAAAAAUACAAGUUAAUGACACCAUCGAUCUCUCCUCUUGCUUGAUUCAUCAGAAAUUGCAGAUGUUUGCAAUGUGUAUUGAAAAGAAGCGUGAAGCAACUUCUGAGUUCUUUGAUGCUACAGAAGGCAAAGAUGAUGUAUUUGGUCAUGUUGAGGAAGAGUUGCUGUCGAAGCCAGGUCUCACUGGAAACGUGGAUGAAGGAACUCAUAGCAGAGGGAGAAAAGAUGGUUUGGAUAAUACUGGAGAAGCACAUAAUGACCUUAAAAUUCUUGAAGUGGCAUCUGAUCGCAUCAGAAAAGGUUCAGCUGGUGUUUCCGGAUCGAUGAUGCUGUUGAGUUCUUGCCAGAGAAUGCAUGCUCCAUUUACUCAGGAUGCACCACCAAUGACAGAAGACAUGCAUGAAGAGCGGCUAAAUGCUGUUGCUGCGUUCAGCGAUUCAUCUAGCUUUUCUGCGCAGUUAGAGAGAGAGAUCUUAUUGUCUGACAUGUCAGCUUUUAAAGCGGCAAAUCCAGAUGCUGUGUUUGAGGACUUUAUACGAUGGCACUCGCCAGGAGAUUGGAUAAGUGAUGGCAAUGAGGAAAGCAGAUUAUCAGGGACUCAGUUGAGUGUCAAUUGGCCUCCAAGAGGACAGCUUUCAAAGAGAAUGUCUGAGAAUGGAAAUUUUUGGCGGAAACUUUGGAAUGAUGCACCUGCUUUGCCAGCUUAUGAGCAGAAACCACUUUUGGACCCAAAUCGAGAGGGAGAGAAGAUUCUUCAUUACUUGGAGACAUUGCGACCACAUCAACUGCUUGAGCAGAUGCUUUGUACGGCAUUCAGAGCGUCAGCUGAUACCUUACACCGUGCUAGCUUUGGUGACUUGAAUCAAAUGAAGAGCAAACUUGAUCAGCUUUACCAUACAUUAGCCUCUAUGCUGAGGCCUCUACAAGCAAAUCAACUAUCUCAGGACAGUGAGAUUUUUGAAGAUCUCAAACGGCUGUGUAUUAUUUUUGAACACGUAGAGAGAUUGACAAUUUUGGCAGUUUCUCUUCAUAGAAAGUUCAUUCUUGCACCACGCCUUUCCAAUGCCAUAUUCAAUGAUUACUAUAAUUUUUACCUUCCCAGAAUGGGUAACGGUGGUGUGCAAGUCGACUUGCCAGAGGAGUUCGACCAGAAGCAACAAGUAAGAACUGACGAAAGAAAUGUUGUGGCAGAUCUAUUUUCACCACCUACUUCUACCCAGUCAUGGAGAAAAGUUUUAAGCAUGGGAAAUCUUCUUAAUGGGCACGAACCUGUGCUCAGAGAAAUAAUUUUUACAAUGUGUGAUAAUAUUAGUGACAAUCAUUAUGCAGCUCAUAAUCCUCUCGGUCGUCAACAAGAAAUCGAUACUUAUCGUAUGUACAUUGAAGGAACCUCAAAUGAUUUAGGUGUUUCUCUCUCUGUUGUCUCAUGUGAUUGAUUCUUUCUGUAAUUAUUCAGUAGGAAAAAAUGUCACUCGUUAUAGCACGUCCUUGAUUUAGAAGAGCAGUUCUGUAAGGAUUCUCACGAAACAGUGUGAAUCUAUUACCAUAAAAGUGGUUUAUGAUUAA